GUGUGCCCACCUUUUAAGUGCAAGAACAACGAACAGGCAACAUGAGUGACUGGAGUACUUUACACCAGCUCCUAGAAAAGGUUCAACCCUACUCCACAGCUGGAGGAAAGGUAUGGAUCAAGGUCCUUUUCAUUUUCCGCAUCCUGCUCCUGGGCACUGCUAUCGAGUCAGCCUGGAGUGACGAGCAGUUUGAGUUCCAUUGCAACACUCAGCAGCCUGGUUGUGAAAAUGUCUGCUAUGACCAAGCCUUCCCAAUCUCUCAUGUGCGCCUCUGGGUCCUCCAGGUCAUUUUCGUAUCUGUGCCUACACUCUUAUACCUGGCACAUGUGUACUACGUGAUUCGACGGAAUGAGAAGUUGAACAAGCAAGAGAAGGAACUGGAAGUUGCUCGUUUUAAUGGCACCAGCGUGGAAAGGCACUUACCAAAAAUUGCAGGAGAGCAGUUCAAGUGUGUCAGUGAAGGACAUAGUAAGAUGAAAAUGAGAGGCAGAUUGCUGCUAACCUACAUGGCCAGCAUCUUCUUCAAGUCUGUCUUCGAGGUGGCCUUCCUCCUGAUUCAGUGGUACAUUUAUGGGUUUACUCUGAGUGCUGUUUACAUCUGUGAACAGUCUCCUUGCCCACAUCGGGUGGACUGCUUCCUCUCUCGCCCCACCGAAAAGACCAUCUUCAUCCUCUUCAUGUUGGUGGUGUCAGUGGUAUCUUUUGUCUUGAAUGUCAUCGAGCUGUUCUAUGUCCUAUUUAAGGCUAUUAAGAAUCAUAUGAGAAAUGAGGAGGAUGCGGUUUACUGUGAUCCAGUUGAGUUCGAAAACCCUUCCCAUGUCUCUUCAUCAACUGUUCUCACCACCAUAUCUUCUAGUGAUCAGGUGGUUCCGACGGGACUGUCUUCAGUCUCUAUCUAAAGUGAACAGAGCCAUGUCAGUUACAGUACAUGGUCAUAAGACAGAGGGCAGGUAGGAAGUAGCCUUUCUGGCUUGUACUCAGCAUCUUUUCCCCACUGUGAUGAUAAAAAGAAUGCUCAGAGGGUUUUAGGUGGAGAGAAAAGAAAAGCAAAGAUACUGGACAUUAACAUUGUAGAGCUAUCUAACAGUAGCCAUGACUGUGCUAACAGCAGCCUCAUAACCUAGACAUUGUGAUUUGUGCUUGAAAACAUUACGAAAGUAAAUUAUCUUUUCCCUUAA